GUUGGCCAAUGGCGUUGAGAUUCGUGGGGUUAAGUCAGAGAGGGGUAACAGAAGACGAUCAGCUGGUGUUGGCACUCGCGGGCUGCGGCGAAUUGCUCUGAACGUUUGGUUUUGACCACAGCCAUGGCAACGGCCCAGUCAGUGUUGACACUAGCGCUUUGCAUUUUGAUGAUCACAGAGUUGAUCCUGGCUGAAAAGAACUUCUAUGAAAUUCUUGGUGUGCCUAAGGACGCAAACGAGCGACAGAUCAAAAAGGCUUUCCACAAGCUGGCCAUGAGGUUCCACCCAGACAGGAACAAGAGUCCCAAUGCAGAAGCAAAGUUCAGAGAAAUAGCUGAAGCAUAUGAAACAUUAUCUGACGACAAGAGGAGGCAAGAGUACGAUCAGAUGGGACCGCGAGCGUCGUUUGAAGGCACGAAGGAGAGGGGUGGCCGCCAGCCGUUCAGCUUCAACUUCGACGACAUGUUCAGAGACUCUGACGCCUUCGGCCAAAACCAGCACUUUCAGCACACCCAACAGAAGAGGAACUUCCAGAACCACUUCCAGAACCACCAGAGGGAGGCCCAGAGCCGCCACGGACGUCACUUUCAGAACUCUUUUGGGGAAGGAGUCUUCGACGACAUCUUUGAGAACAUGGAGAAGAUGUUUUCAUUCGACAUGCCCGGGGCGGAUGACGGGUUUCACCGGUCCACAAAACAGCACUGCAGAACUGUGACUCAGAGAAGGGGUAACAUGGUGACCACGUACACUGACUGCUCCUAAGGUCUCUUGGGACUCUAAAGGACCUGACCCUGUUUUGGUGCAGAACUAUCUGCGUGUCUUUGCCAGAUCAGGGUCAGGUCUGUCCAAGGGUCUGCUGCCAACUUGUACCUUAUGAGCUGGCACACGGCAGUAGAGCUGUUGUGUGCUAGCUCUAAGCCUUCGUAUGACUAGAUCUGUUUAAUUUAAUUAUUUUGUGUUGGGAUUUAAUUAUUGCUCGUUGAGGGGAAAAAGUAUGUCUAUGCUAAUAUCAUGUCAACGUUAAAUGUCACUGCGGGAUAGAAGUAUGUGUCUUCUGUACACCACAGUGCAUUGAAUUCUGGGUAAUGUGUCAUUUUGACCACAAUCCCGAGUUCUUUUAACGUGAGCAAAAUGUGAAACCGACUAUAAAAGCACCUUGGGUGUUCCUCACAGGCUAGUUGGCUCCAAUUGUAUUGUAGAGUUUGACCGGCAUGUUCUCAACUUCCUAAUUAUUUUACCAAAGGUGUGGGAGGCCUUUUAAACCCUGCACAAAGGAAGAGGAUUAUAAGCAUGGUACAGACUACACACUUAAGGGCCAUGUGCAUUACCAGCGAGGAUUUCCAUGGGGCAAAUAGUAUUUCUAAUUAUAUUUGUGUUGCCCAACUCCAUCCCAAACACACACACACACACACACAAAAUGCAUCCUCCUCUUUUGCCUCUGUUGAAGGGAAAGCCGAAUGUUGUGCAUUAACUACCACAUGCCUUCAUAGCAAUUUAGUUUUUUUUAUAGACAGGUGAAUAGUUUUGAAAUUUACAGCACUAAAAUGUCAAUUUUCAUGAAUUUCAUCUAACCAGUGACUAUUACAUCUUAUCGAAUGUAAUUUGUCAUGUUAGUUGUUAUUGGAGUAACGGGACAAUGUCACAUCAAAACCCAAUCCAAACGAUAUGUAUGUUUUCAAAUCUCUUUUCAAAUCUCUUUAGACAUUCAACGUCCAUUGAAACUUAUGGUACGAAGCAAUACAACACAAAUGUCUACUUUUGAAAUUGUUUUGUAACUGUGUGUAGCAAGUGAGCGCUCAAGUUCUGUUCAGCAGCGGUUUCCUCCAUGGGCCUCUUUCAACCUGUCCUAUGACCUUACCAACUGUUACCUCUUUGCAAGCUCACCAGAGCUCCAGCUCGACAAUCAUGUGCAAUAUUUGUCGCUAGCACUUUGAAGCAUUCUCUUUUGUGUUCUUGUUCACGUUGUCUAUUCUCUAAAUGUGUUAUUGCCUCUUCGGUUGCGUUUGCUGCCUAUGUUUUAAACUGUGUGAACCGGCACUUCUUGUGCUUCCAUCAUUUGGUGAUAAUCUCCAAAUUACACGAUAAGCUUUCAUGUUUUCAGAACAUUUGGUGAUUUAAUCUCCAAAUUGCACGAUAAGAUUUCAUGUUUUGAAAACUUUUUGAACUGAAGGAUGACUUCUGGAUGGUCUAAAGUGCAUGAUUAAAGAAGUUUGGCAUUUAAUUCA